AUGUCGAAGACUUGCUUCAAUUCGAAUUGCAAAGAGGCGUCGGAUAAGUGGAGGAGAGGUUGGCGAUGCCGUACCGGCGAGUACGCCGACCUCUGUGAUGGCUGCGCUUCUGCUUAUGAGGAGGGGAAUUUUUGCGAAAUGUUCCACCUGAAUGCUUCUGGUUGGAGAUGUUGUGAAUCUUGUGGAAAGCAAAUACAUUGUGGCUGUAUAGUUUCAUUCCAUAUGUUCAUACUAUUGGAUGCAGGAGGGAUUGAGUGCUUAUCAUGUGCAAAGAAUAAUAUUUUGACUCCAAAUCCUGCAUGGCCACCACCUCCACACUUCCUUUCUUCAGAGCCUGAAAGAAUGAAAGACAUCUCAACGAGAAACUGGAGUACAAUAACUGGCUCAGGUCCAAUACCUUGGCGGCAGGCACCCAGUUUAUUUAACGGUUCUAGUAUCCAAUUUGAUUCGCAGCCAAGGAUGGCCUUUGGAGAUGAUAUUUCAGAUGGCAUUGAUAGAUUCCGUAUUUGUGAGAGAUUAUCUAGCUCUUUCCUUGAGAAGAAAGAAGAGAGCUCCUUUGGAAGAUUAAUAUAUGGGAAGUUGAGAAGUGGUCCGUUUGAAACUGUCGAGGACAGAAAUGCUGGACUCAGUAAGGAGGGGCAACCUAAUCUGUCUGUAAAUGUCUCCCAUCUGCGAUCAUUCCCCAAGAAUGAUUCUCCUACUUCUAAACUGAAUUUGGCUGCAGCUCCUCCAUUUAGAAAUGAAAUAAAUGAUAUUGACCAGGUUUCUGCAACUCUUUUACAACAGCCAUCCCUUUCAACUCUCGUGGGCAAACAGGUUUGCAUUCAUAACGGAAUGGACUCAUCUGGUGAGGCUCAAGUGUGCAAUGGAAAAUCUCGAGGAGAUGUCCGAGGCCGAAAUCAGUUGCUUCCUCGAUAUUGGCCUCGAAUAACUGAUAAGGAGUUACAACAAAUUUCCAGCGCUUCAAACUCUGUAAUUACUCCUCUAUUUGAGAAAAUGUUAAGCGCCAGUGAUGCUGGACGGAUUGGGCGCUUAGUGCUGCCAAAAAAAUGUGCAGAGGCCUACUUCCCACCGAUUUCUCAACCAGAAGGAUUACCUUUGAAAGUACAUGAUUUGAAGGGAAAAGAAUGGUCAUUCCAGUUUCGAUUUUGGCCAAAUAACAAUAGCAGAAUGUACGUCUUAGAAGGAAUCACUCCUUGUAUACAGUCAAUGGAACUUCAAGCCGGUGAUGUAGUGACAUUUAGUAGGCUGGAGCCAGAGGGGAAGCUGGUCAUGGGAGGCAGAAAAGCUUCAACUGCUCCACCCGAUCAGGGAUAUAAAGCUACUUUAAUCGGAGAUAAAACUUCUGGGGAUGAUAGUGGUAAAUACAAAUUUGGGGAAGAUGCAACAAAUGGACAUGUAAAAGGGUUCGCAAAGAAGGAAAUACUUGAAAAUAAGUCUGUCGUUCGUAGUAAGAGGAAGAAUAGCAUCUUUGGUUUGAAAAGUAAACGUCUUAGGAUUGACAAUGAAGAGAUGAUGGAACUGAAGCUCACAUGUAACCAAGUUCAAGGAAUCAUGCGCUCACCUCCUGAAAAUGUGCCCUCUGUUUUUGUAGUAGAAGGCUGUGAAAUUGAAGAAUUUGAGGAUGCACCAAUUAUCGGAAGGCCGACUAUUCCUGCAAUAGAUUGUUUUGGUGAAAAAAUCCAAUGGGUAGAAUGUGAGGUUUGUUUAAAGUGGCGCAAAGUGCCUGCAAAUGCUCUUCUUCCGUCAAGAUGGACCUGUUCUGAGAAUAUAUGGGGCCUGGACAGAUCUCUAUGUUCAACUGCUCAGCAAUUAUCUACCCAGCAGCUUGAAGAUAUAUUAUCCACUACUACUGAAGUGAGUAAGAAAAAGAACAUUACUGAACAGAAUUCAGAUCCAGUUGUGGCACAGGAACGACUCGAUGCACUUGCUAAUUUAGCUAUCCAAGUGGAGGAAGUGGACCUUCCAGCUUCAUCUCAGACUAAAAUGAAGCACGCAGGCCAUAAACUCGACUGUACAUGCAUUAUCUGCAUUCAACCUUCUGAUGGAAACGACCUAAAGCAGAAGCAAAUAUGCGAUUUUGCCAACUCAGAAUCACUAAAGCAUCGUUUCAGUUCCUUGAUGGAGAGGUUUGAGAAGAAACAAUUGACAAAAGAAGCUGGAAGUGCCUGUCAGAAGCUGCAGGUGGAUAAUGAUGCUUAUCUGAACAAUGACAUAGGAAAAAGUAGUCUGAACCGGGAAGAGGCAAGCCAAGGGGCCUGUCUUGAUGACCCUGAUGAGAGAAAAUCCUCGGUCUCUCCUUUGAAAGGUCAAAUAGACCUUAAUAUCCAGCCUGAGCGCGAAGAAGAUUUGUCACCGGAUUCAGAUUCGGGGGCCAUGAAACGCUUGCUCGUGGAUUCUGUGGAGAACAAUUUAAUGCACCAUAGAUCUUCGAGUUCUGGUGUUAGCAGAGAUUUACUAGACAAGCAAAUGCAACCAGAUGGGAUUGGUGGAGCCAGUUUCAGUAAUUGCAUCGUGCCCUAG